AUGGGAUACUACCUUGCUGAUGGUAUAUAUCUACAAUGGGCAACUUUUGUUAAAACAAUUCCUUGUCCACAAGGAAAAAAGAAUAAACAUUUUGCUGAGGCCCAAGAGGCGUAUAGAAAGGAUGUAGAGCGUGCAUUUGGAGUGCUUCAAGCACGUUUUGCAAUUGUGCGAGGACCUGCAAGACCAUGGGAUCUUCAGACUCUUACAGAUAUUAUGAAGGCUUGUGUAAUACUACACAACAUGAUCAUUGAGGAUGAAAGAGAUGACGGAGGAGAGCAAAACAUUGAUUAUGAACAAAUCGAUAAAAUCCCUCUUUCACAAGUGUCACUUGAACGUACACCUGACAUCAUGGAAUUUAUUCAACAACAUCGCCGCAUAAGAGAUAGAGAAACUCAUUCUCGACUCCAAUCGGAUUUGGUUGAGCACUUGUGGCAAAUCUAUAGCCAAUCUUAG